UUCACACAACUCACCACAAUGCAAGCCCUCCAGCAUCAUCCCCUCGCUGGAGACCACAUUCUCCGGCCCAAAAGCGGCCGGACACCACUCAAGCCUGUGAACUCUCCAGCAACUCCGGUCAAUGCCGGUCCGGUUUCUAAGGCCAAGCCACCAGGACAAGAAUGUAUCAACAUCUCUGUGUUUGGACCGUCGAACAAGGAGAACGGGCAGGUUUAUGGGGCUCAGAUGAUUGAAACUGCUGCGAUGGACGCGUCUUUGGCGGAGGAGCUGAGUGCUAUGAGGAAGAAGCUGGAGAGGAUAAGGUUGGAUAGAGAGAGAACGGAGAAGAUGCUCAAAGAAAGAGAAGCAAUGUUGGAUUUGAAGACGAAGGAGAUUGAAAACAGAGGUCAAAUCCAGAAGAUGGUUGAGAUUGAUGUUGAUAGGGUGUUCAGAUUGAAUCAGCUCCAUUCUCAGUCCAUUAGAUUUUCUCCGAUUCGGUCUCUAAGACAGAAGGAGCAGCAGAAGAAGGCCACUGGAUCAACACCAGUUAAGAUAGUGAAUUUUGAGGAGAUGGAGGAAUCAGUAGGGGAAAACACACCACAGAAGCUGAGUUCUGCUUCAAUCGAAUCCGAAAUUGUUACAGCAAGAGAAACUGUGAUUACCGAAUCUGCUUAG